GGGGGGGGGGAGACGGCAAAGAAAAAAAGAGAAAUAAUUCCCUUCCCAACUUUCUUUGCACCUCUUUUUUGCCUUUCCCAAAUCCCAACCUUAACAAGAGACAUACAAAAUGGACUCAUCGAGGGUGGGAUGGAGAGAACAUUUCUAAUUCGGGAUAGAAGGAGGCGCGGGGGGGGGGGGGGUAGGAAGAAAGAAGAGUAACUUUAAAAUUUGGAAGGGGGGGAAACCCCCAACAAGCCGGAGAAGGUGUUUACCUUGCCAUCCUCCUCCUCAUCAGCAUGUAGGCUAAUGAUCGGGGGCCAGAUGCGGGCUUCUAUUGUCUUGUUGCUUUAGCGCCGACGCCCCGCCUCUGGUGGCCGCCUAAAACCUGGCGCCGGGCUAAAACAAACCCAAGGCAGCGCCGAGCCGCCACUCCACCCAAUUAAGGCGGACUUGGGCCACUCGCUUACGUCUCGGCGUUGGAGGCAACCCACCAGAAUAUUUGGCACCCAAAAAAAAAACCAGGAGAGAGAGAGAGAGUGGGGAGAGAGAGAGAGAGAGUUUUGCCUCCCCUUUCCCUUUUUCUCCCUCCUCUUUCCCCCCAGCCGCCGCAUCAUGUCGAUGAGCCCCAAACAUACGACUCCUUUCUCAGUGUCUGACAUCCUGAGCCCCUUGGAGGAGAGCUACAAGAAGGUGGCCAUGGAGGGCAGCAACCUGGGGGCGUACCGGCCCUCGCAGGUGGGCCAGCCGGGCAUGCAGCAGCACCCCAUGGGGGGCCACAACGGGACCUCCUCCGUCUCCGCCGCCGCCGCCGCCGCUGCCGCCUACCACAUGACGGCCGCCGCCGCCGCCGGGGUGCCCCAGCUGCCCCACUCCGCCGCCGCCGCCGCAGCCGCCGCCGCCGCCAUGGGGGGCUACUGCAACGGGAACAUGGGCGAGCUGCCGCCCUACCAGGACUCCAUGCGCAACGGCGCCGCCGCCGCCGCCGGGCCCGGAUGGUACGGGGCCAACCCCGACCCCCGCUUCUCCACCAUCUCCCGCUUCAUGGGCCCCUCGUCGGGGAUGAACAUGGGCGGCAUGGGCGGCCUGGGCUCGCUGGGCGAGAUGGGCAAGAGCAUGGGGGCCCCUCUCCAGAGCACCCCCCGCCGCAAGCGCCGCGUCCUCUUCUCGCAGGCCCAGGUCUACGAGCUGGAGCGGCGCUUCAAGCAGCAGAAGUACCUCUCGGCGCCGGAGCGGGAGCACCUGGCCAGCAUGAUCCACCUGACGCCCACCCAGGUCAAGAUCUGGUUCCAGAACCACCGCUACAAGAUGAAGCGGCAGGCCAAGGACAAGGCGGCCCAGCAGCAGAUGCAGCAGCAGGAGGCCGCCGCCUGCCAGCAGCAGGGCCAGCAGCAGCAGUCGCCUCGCCGGGUGGCCGUGCCGGUGCUGGUGAAGGACGGCAAGCCCUGCCAGGCCGGCUCCAACGCGCCCUCCAACGCGGGGCUCCAGGCCCACCAGCACCACCACCAGCACCCCCAGCACCCGCAGCAGCAGCAGCAGCAGGCGGCCACCGCCAUCACCGUGGCCUCCAACGGCUCCGGCCUGGGACAGCAUCAGAGCCACCAAGCCAGCAGCGCGGGGCAGUCGCCCGACUUGGGGCAACACGCGGGGAGCAGCCCGUCCUCCCUCCAGAGCCAGGUCUCGGCCCUCUCCCACCUGAACUCCUCCGGCUCGGACUACGGGACGGCCAUGUCCUGCUCCACCUUGCUAUAUGGCAGGACCUGGUGAGGAGCCGCAAGCAGGACCCGGACCCACGCCCCUUUCUCUCCCCUGAUAAACACACACGCAAACAAACACACAUCCUCCGCGGGGAGACCCUCCUUUUGCUCUCCCCGGCUUUGACAUGUAUAUUCUUUGUUUGUUUUGGCGUGGGGAGGGCAGAGACAAAUAAAGAGACUUCUCACCUGGAGAAGAACCCUCGGCCUCACUGUCGGGAGAGAAGCCCACCCGAGGCUCCGUGAAGGACCCACGCGCGGCGUGGAACCCCGCUGGACGCUUGUAUGUACAGAUUUUCAAACAAAAAAGGCCCCACGUUGGGGCGAAGGGGUGGGUGUUUGUUCCCCUACCCCACGCGUUAGCAUCCUCCCCUUCGACCCACACACGCACACGAAGAACACCCCCCUAAAAAAACUCCCAAAACACUGGAUGGAGAGACACUGAGACUCCCACGGCAGAGCAUUCCCCCCUUUUUUCUCUUCCCACCCCCAAAUUUAUGUUCAAUGUGAAGCUGUAGCUGUAUAAAUGCUGUCAAAACAAAAAGGUUGGACUAAACUCAUAGUUUUUAGUAUUCCUGAAUAUUUUGUUGAUUAAAUACAUAUGAUAUAAAUCUAUAUCAAGCGACGAACUACCAAACCAAUCAAAACCUUUUUUAAAAAAAAAAGAGAGAGAGAGAGAAAGCAAGAAAACAAAACAAAAAAAAUAUUCCACUUUUUAAAUGGAUGUCCACAGAUCCGUGAAAUUCCUUGCCAGUUUGGUCUUUCUUGGCGCACCUCUCCUUUUCUUUCUUUCUUUCCUUCCUUCUUUCUAUUUCUUUCUCUUCCUUGUUACUUAUGUAGAUAUAUUUGGCUUUAAAUAUACUUCCUAAAAAGCUUCUCUAAUAAAUUAUAAAGAUCACA